AUGUCUGCGCCAGGAUCGGCGACGGUUAGUCGGCGCGUUGGCCAAGCUACGGACGAACAGUCGUCGAAGGCGGAUACCAGGAAAAGCCCCGCCCUCCAAGGAACAAACCCCACACCUCGUGAAGUGGACAGGUUUGGGAGGAAGAUUAAGACCACCAGCAAGGACGCAGAUCGCGGCAAUGUGAAAAGGCUGAAGGGGUUGCCUGAGGGCACUCUGAUUGCCCUUGGUUGGGGGUGGGGAGGGGAGUUCAGGAUCGGAACUGGGCGGGAUGGGUCCGAAUCCUCACCGAGACCGCUGCACCCGAACUUUACGAAGAAGCAGUUCGUGGAUCUCGCGGCGGGAAAGCGCCACACGCUCUUUGUUUCCGAUGACGGCCUCGUGUUUUCUGUGGGCGAAGGUCUGUCCUGGCAGCUGGGCACCACAAGCCAGUUCACCAACCACCCUGAUCGUCGGGCCGUUCAGAGACUGCCCAAGCAGGUGCACCCUUCCGGCGAUCUGAAGGCGGGAAAGGACUAUUGGGUUGCACAGGCUGCUGCGGGCGAUACGUUUUCGGUGACGAGGGAGGCCAACGCGGAAGACGCCGCGCACGCAACCGAGGGCUUCCUUUGCAUGAAGAUGUCGGUGAAGAUGCUACUGGAGCAGUCUCCGUCUAGCGAGUCGCUUAAAGAGCUGUGGGAGCACAUCCUCGAGGAGGAGCGUACGCUGCACCGGCGAUUUCAGGGCCGCUUGUUGUCGUGGGGCUCCGGCCAAAGAGGGCAGCUAGGCCUAGGAGAGGGUGUCGUCGACCGCAGGACUCCGCACGUGAUUCGCGCCCUGGCCGGGCUGCCGGUCAGGAGUGUCGUGGCGGGUGCUGCUCACGCCCUUUGCGUCACCCUGGAUGGGAAGGUUUUUAGCUGGGGUUGUGGGCAGGAUGGCCGCCUAGGUCACGGCGACUACAAGGAUCGCUGGGAGCCGUGCCGCGUGGAAGGCGUAGGGUCGGAUCCGGUAGCACUGAUAGGAGCCGGUGCCGCCCACUCGAUGGCGGUGUCUCUGCCCCAGUCGGUUCACCUUUGGGGGAGGGGAGCACAUGGACGACUCGGCACGGGAGACAACAAGUGCCGGCACGCGCCUGUCCGCCUCAAAAACUGGCCACCGGGCUUUCCGGGUUGCGUCGUGCAGGACGUUGCGCUUGGAGGGGCACACAGCAUCGUUCUCGCACACCGGAGCGCGCCGACCACCCUGGCAAACCCAUGGGGCGCGGAGAGUCUGGCCUACGCGUGGGGAUACGGGUACUGCGGACAGCUAGGGUUGGGUCGAAGGGUUGGAGAGAUCAAGAUGCCUUCGAAGAUUGCCUUCGACAAGAAAGAGCUGAUGACGUCCAUCGUGGCCGGAAAGUCGUUCAGCCUUGCCACCAACGUGCAGGGGCAGAUGUUUGCGUGGGGAAAAGGGUGGGCAGGGCAGCUCGGGCUUGGCAUCGCGAAAGAUUCGCGGGUGGCGCCGACGAGGGUAGAUUUUCCAGGUGUAGGGAGGCAUUUGGUCGUCAAGAUGGCGGCCGGCGAGAGACAUGCGUCCGCGCUAACGCUGGAUUGCUCACCUCCGCCCUGGGGAUGGGACAAGGACAAACAGUGGAAAAAGGUCGUCGGAAGACUGCGAGUGUUGUGCCAGUGCGGUAUGCGUCCAUUCACGUGGGGUAACAGCAAUACCAACAGAGACGUAGGUGGGGGUGGUUGCGGCGGCGACGGGGUCGGAAUCCAUUCUCGUGCCAAGCCAGGAGCCGGACGUGAUACUGCUGUCGGUCUAAAAGGAACCGAACACACAGAAACAGGAGGAAAUAUUUGUUCGCCGCGUGGACGACGGAACAUUUCCCCUGAUGCGUCGGCACCAGCUUCGCCGUGCGGGUUGCUGGUGUCCGUGGAGGACGAGGACGACGGCGGGGACACCGCGAGGUGGCUGAACCACAACGCCGUGGAAUGUCAGCGGAUCUUGCGGGGCUGGUUCGGGAAGAGGCUCGCGCGGCGCCGGCUAGAGGAGAAAGGGCGUCGGCGGCGAGAGGCGAUGGAGGCGGUAUGGUACGUGACAGUCCUCGGGGCGAUGGAGAAGAGCAUAGCCAGAUUCGACAAGGACGAAGAGCGAAAACGAAACCGUGAAGGCAUGGCUGCGGCUGAUCUCGAGUCGGCGUUCUACCGCUACUACUGCAAGCUGCAGCCGGUAAUCAUGGCGCUCAACCAGCAGCGCCAGGCCUUGAAGGACUUCUCGACAAGAGAGGGAGUCACUCUCGAGACGCUCGCAUCAGCCUCGGACCCUCGGGUCAGGAGGGGCCUCGCCCGUCGAGAAACCGUUACGCUCUGGAGUCGCCGCGACGUCCGGCAGCUGCAGCGGCAGUUCCCACCGCAGCGGCGGCUGCCCGAGGAGAAGGUGGUCCUCAUGACGGUCGGUCUUCCGGCCGGAGGUGAAAGGCCGAAGUGGCGGUCGGCGAAGGGUGGAAGCAGCGGCAGCAGCAGCAGCGGCGGCGGUGAAGGUCUGGGAGAAGGCACGGACCGAAUCGGGGCAAGGGGCUAUUGUGGAGAGGCACGUGGGGCUGGGCGGUUGGGAGGAGUGGCGGAUCCGGACGUGGAUGCCCUGGUCCGGUCCUGUCAACCUCUGAUUCCCCGGCGGACGAUAGACCUCGCGGGGCCGGAGAGACUCUACCAAAGGGUCACGCGGAUGCGGGCAUCGCAGCUGCACCGCUUGUCCAGCCGGCGUCGGGCGAGCUUCUCGGAGGGGGACUUCGCGGCUCGGGUGGACAAAACUGUAUCGGGAGAAGACCUCAGAUGGGCGCAAAAGCUCGGAAGGUACUGGAUGGGGGUGGAUAAUUCUCUUGGAGCUACUCGGUAUCUCCAGAUUGGUGACAGAAAGGUAUGCAUGGGGAAAGGAACGUUGGGUGUUUCUCGUGGGUGGCGUGCAGCGAUCUCCACCGGUUGA